CGCUGGGCGGAAGCAAGGAGCGGAGCGCUGCGUGUGCGGCCCGGGGUGAGCGGCAGGUGCCUGCUGGUUGGAGACAGACGCUCCAGAGGCACAGCGCGGCGGUGAUGCCUUAUCGGAGCACGCUGCUUCAUCUGCUCGCAGGAGGAUGUGGCGGUACAGCUGGAGCCAUCCUGACCUGCCCCCUGGAAGUGGUGAAGACACGUCUACAGUCAUCCUCGUUGACCCUGCGCCCUCUUUGCCUCCCUGAGGUGCAGCUGCAGGGGCUGAAUGGAGGGUUUGUGCGUCCAGCCUUACCCUCCCCUGGCGUGCUCCAGCUAAUGAGGGCCAUCCUGGAGAAGGAAGGAAUCCGCUCCCUCUUCCGAGGCCUGGGUCCCAACCUUGUUGGAGUCGCCCCCUCCAGGGCCAUCUAUUUUGCUGCCUAUGCUGGGGCUAAGGAGAAGCUCAAUGUUGUCUUCGUACCCGAGUCCAAGAAAGUUCAUGUGCUCUCAGCAGUCUGUGCAGGGGUCACCUCUGCCACACUUACCAAUCCCAUUUGGCUGGUGAAAACCAGGAUGCAGCUGGAAGCCAGGGCAAGUGGGGAGAAGCACAGUAACGCUCUCCAGUGUGCCAUACGAGUGUACCGCACUGAGGGCUUGCGGGGAUUUUACCGUGGAAUCAGUGCCUCCUAUGCUGGAGUCUCCGAGACCGUCAUUCAUUUUGUCAUCUAUGAGGCGCUGAAACAACAGCUGAGGGAGCAGCAGCCAUUCCUCCCAACAGCCUUUGCCCUUGCACCGAACAGCCGUGAUUUCUUUGGACUCAUGGCAGCUGCUGCCAUCUCCAAGACAUGUGCCUCAUGUAUUGCGUACCCACAUGGUGAGCAGCUCCAUCCUCCCCUCCACCACCCUCCUGCUGGGAGAGGCCUGGCUUGGAGGGUGACUCUGCUAACAUCCCAUCCCUUUGUUUUCUCAGAGGUUGUCCGGACACGGCUGCGGGAAGAAGGGUCCCGCUAUCGCUCCUUUGUGCAGACCGUGCGGCUGGUGGUCCAAGAAGAGGGACCCCUGGCUCUGUACCGAGGACUCCUGGCCCAGAUGAUGCGCCAGAUCCCCAACACAGCUAUCAUGAUGGCUACCUAUGAACUGAUCAUCCACUUGGCUACCAAAGUGUGACCUUGAACAAAUGCACCAGACCCUUGUUGAGGCAGCUGGCUGUGCAUGGGAGAGCUAAAGUCUUGUGACUUGACAUGUUUUUCCUGUUCCACAAGGUAGUGCUGUUCACUCCGUAGCAGGAGGCCAGUGUGGUGAAGACCUUGUGUGUGGCAGUCUACCAUCUGCUGACAGGAUGCAGUGCUCUCAGGCCAGAGCAGUGGUUCUGGAUGGUGCGUGACCUCUAGCAUCAACCUCCAGAAAGUGCUCAAAUUCUCUGAGGUGGCAGUAAACCAGCUAGAAUAGGUGCAGUGGGGGCUCCCAGUGCAAAGCACAAGGGCAUGGAGUUCAGUGGGGAAGAGAUAAAGGAGGAUAAAUAAAUAAUUAUAUAAAACAAAUAAAAUAAAGGGAUGCAGGAUGCCAAUUAAGCAAGUGCAUAUUUCAGCCCUUCCAGUGUCCCCAGCUGGCCAUCCCCAUCACUAGAAAAUACAUGUAUAGUUAACAGCCCCAGGAGCUCCACUCUUCUUGGGCCUGGCCUAUGGACAUAGCUGGACAUGUAGUCAGUGGAUAGGGAGAGUAAACAAAUCUGCAGACAUCAUGCAGCAAAUGGAGAUCUUGCGAUAAGGCCUUCAGCUACUCUCUGGGAUUCUGCACAUAGUCAGGGUCUCUACAUAGAGUCCUACCCCCUACACUGUCUUCUUUCAAGAGAUUCUCCAAACUUAACUGAUAGCCAUCCUAGUGCAUAGUACUUAGCAGGCAUCUUACAUCAUCUCCUUAAGGGAGCAGUCACCUGUGGAAAGAAUCAUACAGCUGAGUAAUUAACUCUGCCUUUCUCUCCUCCUUAGAAGAGAGGCCAGGGCAGGGUGUUAGAACUCAGCCCCAUGUAUCAAGAGAAGCAGGAUGCAUCCUGGCAGGGGGAGCUCUGGCCUGGGCAGCUUGUGUUACUAUAGGCCCCGUCUAUCCCUCUUUCAGGUCUGUUCUCUGCAGGGGCAGGGAAGGAACCUGCAAGGGCCCAGCUCUGCCUUCCUCUGCUGGAGGUACUAUGA